AUGCAUUUUCAAAUCACAACAUCUUGGCUACUCGCUUUUGUCCUGUUUCUAGACUUCGGAAGCUGUGGGGAUGCUGUGUGGUUGGUAUUUGCAGAACCGCCACCACCAUCGAAAGGACAGCAACAAUUUGAUACCGAAAUAACAAAUUCCUUACAAAAGAUUCUAGACUCGUCACAAGUACUUGCCAUCCACUCACAGUGGCUGGCCAAAGUCGCAUUUUGGAGGAUAGAGGCUACGGAAGAUGAAGCCGAAGCGGCGCGCAGGAUUCCGGGAAUUGAGACCGUCGAGAGAAGCUCGCCGCUCGAGGCUGAUGACGACGAUGAGGGAGGCUUCGUGCCUAGCAGCAGCUCGCCGUCCGGCAAUGUGACAAAUUUCGAUACAUCCGAGCUGGAUUUCAAUCUUGAUCCCAUUGACCUUCGACUUCUUUCAUGGCCGCCAAACAAAGAUGUUCCCAGAGCAGAUCUCAUCCCUCCAUACAAAUUCAACCCUCGUUCUAGUCGGGAUCCGGCUAACAUAUAUGUGAUUGACAUGGGAGUCAAUGUCGGCAAUGAGGUAUUUCCCUACUGUCAAAACGAUUCGGAUAUAUCUUAUGAUCGCGGAACAACAAUACCCACCAGAACAUGGAGAGAGAUUGAUUUACAUUUUAUGGACCUAAUGACUAGCCUCGAAAUCAAUAUUGUUUUGGCAGCCGGUAAUCACGCAGACCGUAGUGCCUCCGUUGAUACUUUUCCAGCACGGCUACCGAAUUCCGGAGGACUUUUCAUCACGGCGGGAGCAGCUACGCAAGAAGGCAAUAGGGAACUCAGCUCCCAAUUUCUUCCCAACGAACCAUGGGCCAUAGGCGAAAAAGUCGCUUGUGCAGGGUUACCGGGUCAGCCGCAGACUGUCAUCAAAAGUGGCACCUCCUUUGCAGCCCCAGCUAGGUUGCCUCGAGAAAAUACAGUCCAGUCACUGACCAAAGCCUCCCUGUCAUUUGGAAUCUGGAAGACUCGUCGAUAUCGAAUGUCGCUAAUCAAAGCAGCCCGCUUGAAAGUGUAG